AAAUAGAACAAAAGCCGCGACGACGAAUAAACCCGAGAACGGAAGAAAAAAAUAAAACCAAAUUGUGGAACAAAAAGAGUUUGAACAAAUUAGCGCUAUGUAAAAGCUCUCGGUAAACGAACCAAAAAUUUGACAAGUGUCGCCAGUGGUCGCCCCCCUCCCGCUCCAAUAUUAAAUAUUUAACGGGAUCACAACGGCAGCUGCUGCCCGCCGGUCGUCGGCCACCGACGCCGCCCACAACGAGAUGACGUCGCCAAUUAGCACGGCGGUGCAGCGUCGCCGGCAGCUGCUGCACAGCGUUGAAAGUUUGCGCGGUCGUGUACGUCAAGUGCUAAAAUGUGUUAUUAAUUUGCAUAUUGAGUUUUUGGUGCUCGAAUCCAAUGUGGCCGCUUUGCUGGACGAGGUGAGGGCCCUCAACGAUGACCACGAGGAGAUGCUGCGGCUGGAUAGGCUGAUCGAGACACUGCGCGACUAUAGCGGUCCCACGAUAUGCCACGAAUGGCCAUAUCCUUUGAUAUUCAAAGGCACAAUCGACGAGGCGCACGUAGCACAAAUACUCAACGGAAGCGAGCUGGAAGUGGCAUCCAGCGGGAAGGACUACAUCCAGCUGGAGUCUGGCACGGGUGCGAGCGGGACCACUGGCAAGCGAUCCCGGUUUCUACGAUUUCCAAGGGGAAGCAGCAGAAAACUGCAGUCAGCUGACUGAUUGCCUUCCCUGUAAUGAAAACUGAACAAAAUACGAUUAAAUACUAGGCAUACUGUAUACCUUAA